AUGACUAGGGGAAAGCUGAUAUUAAUUGAGGGUCUGGAUCGAACUGGUAAGACUACACAAUGCACAAUACUCGUCCAAAGACUGAAACCAAAUGCCGAGUUGCGCAAGUUUCCGGAUCGAACAACGCAAAUUGGUAAACUAAUUGACGAAUACUUGACAGAAGAAAAGAGUCAACUGCCAGAUCAGGCCAUUCACCUUCUUUUCUCUGCAAAUAGAUGGGAAGUAGCUGAGAAGAUCAAAGAAUCGUUGAGUAAAGGGGAACAUGUUGUGAUGGACCGAUAUGUCUACUCUGGAAUUGCGUAUUCAGCUGCGAAGGAAACUAAGAAUAUGAAUCUUGAAUGGUGCCUACAACCAGAUAAGGGGCUUUUGAAACCUGACUUAACAAUCUUUCUCACAAAUGAAGAUCAUAGAGAUCUUGAGGUCAGGGAUGGGUUUGGUUCUGAGAGAUACGAAAAAUCAGACUUUCAAAUGAAAGUGAAAGAAAAGUUCUUCGAAACUUUUGAAUAUUUAAACAGUUAUACUCAUGAUAUCAAAGACGACCUUAAAGUGAUCGAUGUCACAAACAAAUCCAUCGAAGAAGUUUCGCAACGCAUCUGGGAUGUAGCGAAAAACAUUAUUGAUGAAGAAGGUAACAGAGAGUUUUCGUACUUUUGA